CUGUGAACGUAGCACAUCUCCUUCCGAACGCCUUCCCUAAAAUCUGACGGAUUCCUAGGUCAACGCUUCGACGACGCGUCAUCUACUUUGGUAGCCAUUCGUUCGCCAUUGAUUAAAAUUUUUUUACAAAUUAGUUUUUCAUCUUCUAAUUAUUCAUUUUGUUCCGGUUUUGUACUAUUUUCGUUAUCAACAUGGUGAAUCCUCCUUCCACGACGACGAUGUCUAUGAUACCAACUACGGUUUCCAUACCUGCCACGCCUACCUUACAAGAGCGUUUAGCAAUGUUUGGUAUUCCAAAUAUAACCGAUGCCCCGGUUGAAACAACUGCUAUAGUUGUCACGCUGCUCAUGAAGCUUGAAAUUCAAGACGGCAUAUUGAUAGUUGUAUUCGCUCGCUCGAACCUAAAGCGAUUUUGUAAAAAAAUUAUAUCGUCUUACAUGCCCGCUAAAUGGAAGAAAAAUCGAGCCACUUAUCAUGCGGCCUAUAAGGCAUUCUAUGAGGAUACAAACAAGAAAUCUCCUUUCGCUGAGGCUGCGUCACACAUACGUAAAUCAUUUACUACUGGGGCAGAACACUUCGCUAAUGUCUGCACUUCAUUCUAUGAACGCGCAUCUAAACUCAUUCACAAUUUAACCGAGGUGUAUAACUCAGCCUACAGUACUACAGAUCUCCUGCGUUUGCUCACUCACAUUCCCAAGUUAGAUGAGAACGAGCACCGAGCUUUACACGCGAUUACAUCUCUGAUUGAAAUAAGAUAAACAAUAAUGAAGAUAGAAGUGUCUAAACUCUGGUGGGAUUGUCUACUGCGUCAUCUUCAUCCGCUCCAGAAAUAAAUCGUCCGAUUAAUGAUCGCGUCAAGCGUCGUCAUUCGCCCGGAAAUGGAUGUUUUAAUGAGAAUUCCUUCGUUACGUUUUUAGCAUACGUUGUACCUUAUUCUAGUUAUUAUCUCGUAAAUUGCGACAUACUUUUAUCCUAUAUUUCCUAUCAAUCAGGCUACCUUAUUCUUAGUUAUUACUAUCUCAUAAAUGUCAGCAUACUUUUAUCCUAUAUUUCCUAACAGGCUAUCAUUAUAAAGUUGAAAAACUGUUUCGUUUGAAUCUUCUGCUAUUUCCAAUAAAGGGUUUUUUCUAUUGUAA